AUGGCCGGCAUCAGCAAGCGUCGAACCUCCCCGGUCUCCAGCUCCUCCUCCUCCGGCGACGGCAUGCCGCGGCGGAUCACCCGGAAGCCAAGGUCCGCCCGCCGCGGGCCCCGCGGCGCCAUCAGGAGGCCUCCGGCGCCUCGACCUGUAAAUGAGCUGGACUUGAAUACGGCUGCUCUUGAUCCAGAUCACUAUGCUACUGGAUUGAGAGUUCUUCUGCAGAAGGAGCUCCGAAAUAGCGAUGUAAGCCAGCUUGGGAGAAUUGUUCUUCCAAAGAAGGAGGCAGAGUCUUACCUCCCCACUCUAAUAUCGAAGGAUGGAAGAAGUUUAUGUAUGUAUGAUCUGCUAAAUGCACAACUGUGGACCUUCAAGUACAGAUAUUGGCCCAACAAUAAAAGCAGGAUGUAUGUACUUGAAAAUACGGGAGAUUAUGUAAAAGCUCAUGAUCUUCGGCAAGGAGACUUCAUUGUGAUAUACAAAGAUGACGGGAACGACCGCUUUGUGAUAGGAGCAAAGAAGGCGGGGUAUGAACAGACUGCCACUGUUCCACAAAUCCAUCAGCAUAUGCAUCUCUCUGCCACAUUGCCAGCACCACAAGUAUUCCACGACUAUGCAGCCCCUGUUGCACCAGAAGCUGAUAUGCUCGCAAUUGUGCCCCAAGCCGACGAGAUAUUCGACGGGAUACUGAACUCCCUGCCAGAGAUACCAGUAGCCAACAUGAGGUACUCCGACUUCUUUGACCCGUUUGGUGACUCCAUGGACAUGGCAAAUCCCCUGGGCCCCAACCACUCCGUCAACCUGGCUACGCAUUUCCAUGACGAGAAGACUGGGAGCUCCUCGUUUCCCUACCCAAAGUCUGGGCCUCUGAUGUGAGAUCCAGGCAGAAAAUCUGCUGAUGGAUCAGGCAAUCCCCUGCAUGGAGCUCAGAAAUCUUCUCGUUGACGCCCAUCGCUGUACAUCCAAA